AUGAGAUCUAAAUUUAUGCCCUGGGCUGACUUGGCCCCGGAGUUUAGACAGCUUGAAGAGGCUAGGGCGCAAAUAAAGCUUUUACAAGAAGCCCUGCAAACAGAGAAAGAGAAACAGAGAGACAAAUCAAUCACUGGCGCUUCCACAUCCGUUAUCAGCUUAUUUAACCCCUCCAGCUUUGAAACUUCUCUAUCAUCCUUUCGAUGGCAUUUGGCAUAUUGCGUCCCGAAUUCGCGUGUGGAUUCAAUAUUCGACUUCGAUGCCUUCUCUCACCAAUUAUCAUACUCUGUUCGGCCUCUCUACCCGCCCGAAACGACAAGAUUAAUCCAAAUAGAAUGGCCGUCGCACCUAAUGAUCCAACAGUCUAUCGAGUACUUCUCUACGAACAGACUGUAUGCCAUAUUUCCAAUGGUAGAUGUCGAUAGCUUAGCUGUUCUGCUCCAGUCCCAUUCCUUUGAUCAUGAUGGAAGGAACUUUGAUGUAGCUAGUCGGGCCUGUCUUGUGGCUCUUACAGCAUUUAUCACUCGGAUCCGGCACCAUGAGACUGCUUUCGCCCAUGCAAAUCCCAACGCUUAUGUACAAGCAGUACUUUCGUUGAUACCCGAACUAAUUCGGCAUCAUACCAAUGUUCGUACUUUGGAGGCUCUGCUCAUCCUUGUACCCGAGCUUUUGAUGUCAAUGGCUGUCCGAGUGCUCUGUAAUUUGGGAGGUUACAAGACGAAAGCAGACUCCCAGGAAUUUUGUGAAAUUCAAAAUCCUAAGCAUCUCAGAGCUCUGUUCUGGCUUUUAUACUCUCUUGAUAAGGAAAUGUCGCUUCGGAAAUGUCAGCCCCCCUUGAUCAACGAUGCAGACUGCGAUUUAGAUCUUCCGGUCAAUUAUGUCUCCGUGUCCUCCGAUCACCAAUUUUUCGAAUACCAACUCUCGCUCAAUGAGCUCCUUUUUCCGACAGACCUUCGUCUCGCUCUAUUGAAAUCUAAAAUCUAUCAACAAUUAUAUUCUUACAGCAGCCUCAACAAACCAGAGGCAACCCGAAUUCAAUUGAUUCGUGAAUUGGACCAGGAAUUGGUCGAAUUAAAGUCCCAAUUUCCAGGGGUUUGUCAACCAGAGGGAUACGUCAGCGGAGGCAUUCCAGACUUUCUGCUUCACGAUCUUAGCUUGAGAGGUAUUAACAUUCAUUUGGAGUACUAUCAUUGUCUAGCCAAGAUUCAUGGAGCUAGUACCAUUGGAAUCACGUCGGUCCCGAAGGCUGUGUCGCCACCAUCCUCUAGCAUGGAACUAUGCUACGAAGCAUCACGAUCGACCCUAAUAUACCUCAGCCGAGCUCGUCAUCUCAUUAUGCCGGAAACCUUUUGGAUUUACGCGCAAUUCAUUAUGACUGCCGCGAUUGCUCUGUAUCAGCGGCUCACUGCAAAGCCAACAGAAGUCCAUUCUCGUCAAGAUAUACGCCUUUUGGAAGACGUUCUAGGAAUAUUUCGCCAACUAAGGCAGGCGGAUGAUGGACACAGGUUUCCUCCAUUCGCUAUCACGGAAGCCUUAGUUGAGCAGUUAAUCCUGUCCGUAAAAUCAUCAUAG